AUGUUUCCCCUCUACUCCGACGAGCAGCUCUCCUCUCCCGCCGACUUCCACUUUCCCUAUGAGCUCCAGUAUCCCCAGAGCGACGCCUCUGACUCUCCGCCCUCCUCCCCCCAGCUCUCCGUUCUGACGUCGGAAUUUCCUGCCAUCCUCCUUCAAUCCGCAUACUCUUCUCCCACAGACAGCUGUGAUCCUUCUCCCGUCGACUCUCCGCUCUCUCCUUUCUCCCCCUACCCUCCCGCGCCGUUCGUAGAACACCCAGGCUUCCCUUCGAGCCUCCUCCCUGACCCGACCUACGGCUUCCCACCAGAGGAGGGGAAGCCAAACACUGAGCCCCCGCUCAGUUCCGCUCCUGCUCGCACCAUCGCUUCACGCACUGUCGGCAUCGCACAUCCGUAUGCCCGACUUUACACCAAGCACGAGGGCUCCAAGCGCCGCAAGAUGUGGAAUCACGCGCUCGAAAAGGCCCUCUUCACUCCCCAGGAGAUAUCUACCAUGGGAGCACCACACAGGCGCACCAUUUAUACUGCCAGCCUCGAGGCCCACAUCGAUCGCCUCCAUGCCCAGCUCCUCGGCUACGACCUCUUCCCCGUGCCUUUCGAAAGGCUCGAGCCUCUCCAUGGUCUCAACUCCAAAACCGCAAAGAGUAUGGUCGCCGGCCUUGAGCGCGAUGCCUCGGAGCUGCGGCUGAGGCGCCUCGAACUCCAGCGCUCGAACCAGGCACUCCGAGAGAUGCUUCGCGCUCGCCAGAGUGUCCCCGUUCCGCCGAUAGGCAUUCCUCCACUCGUCAGUCUGCGCCGCCAUUCGCUUGAUGCUACCGGCUGA